AUGGGCUCAACAAUAUCGUCAUUAGGCACAUCAGCAGGUAGGAAAAGAAAACACUCUGAAUGCGAAGAUGAGGAUGGAAGUCAGACUGACGAGGAGGCAGUGGUAGAUGUAGUGAAGAGGUGAAUGUUCCUAUGUUACCUUCACAGAUUGUAGCCAAAGAAAGAGCUAAUAUUUUUCCAAAGAGUGCAUACUUUGCUAAACUUUAGAACAUCUGCCAUGUUAUAUACAGUUUGAGAAGCUGCGUUGGCAGUCGUCAAAUAACUUACGUAACAUCAUACACAUUUCGCGGGGAAAGCAGUUAAGGCAGCGCAAAAUUUUGGCUGUUUUCCCAGGCUAACGCUUAACUAUUUUUGCACAUACAGCAAAAUGUUUGGUACCCUGGAAAUACAUUUAGAGACCAUGUGUUGUCAUAGAUAUAAAGGAAGUUUGAGGGAGCACGGGUUAAAAUUAAAAUGUUGGGCUAGGGAAGGCCUAUGUGUGGGUAGUUUGUCAUAACCUUAUUUGAGGCCCUGCCAGGGUAAAUUCCGACAAGCGACACGACCCAAAAAGUAGCGACAGAGCGUAAAAUGAAAUCGCGACAAGAGACAACCUCCCUCAGCCAAAUUGAGACAGUGAUGGAAAAGCCAAGAAUAAGCGACAAAGAACGGUGGUUUGGCUUAUUUAUCACCAGUCUAAAUGCUGAGAAAUAGUAAUUUUCAUCAGUUUUCUCAACGCUUUUUUAAUAUGUUUUCAUUAUCAAAACUUUGUUUAAAUCCAAAUUGUACAACUGACAUAGUUAUCCAGUAGCCUGUGAAAACAGCUGUUUCUGGUCGCGCGUUGCUGCUGAGGAUGUUUAGCGAGGAGGAAAUGUCUGUGACUCAGUGUCAGAAAUUCCAUACUGACGACAUAAAAUCUGUCCGGAAUCCGGUCAGAAGCGCUGAUUGGUCAACGGAGUAGAACACAUUGUUUUAGUGAUUGGUUGAGAAUGGCAGACAAAAGGCUACAUAGGUCAAAUGUAAAUGCAAUGAAUCUAUAACAAAACAGUCAAUAUUUCUGGAAUAUAUUCUUCUCUAGAUGAAGCAUUUCACUUUUGCUGGAGCUCAUUCACAGAUGAAUACAACACUUACCAAAAUUGACCAGGAGAAACGUAAAAUCGAACAUAUUGCAUUUGAAACGCCAUGACUACCAGAUUUAUUAUGCAAGCAUUGAUUAAUGUCAUCAGUGUGCAAUUUCUGUUGCUGAGUUGCAGACCUUCCUCCUGGCAAAACGUCCCCAGCGGCAAGGAGCAAGGAGAAACGGCUGUUUUUGCUGGCUACUUUUCUAGUUAAUUUCUGUAAAAUUAGACUACUCUCAUUUCCUAAGAGUGAAUAUGGGUGGUUAUCUCUCUAAUGUGACUGUUAAACUUUCAGAAAAAAAUUGAAAGGCACUUGUGACUAUAUUUAUCAGACCCUCUUCCUUGAUGGAGAAGGAAGCGAUGUUACAAUACAUGCUCUAGGUAAGUAUAUAAGGCCUCACUUGAAUCAAAUUUAAUUCAAAACACGCAAACUUAAAAAGUAGACUGCAACUAUCAAAGAAUGAUGAUUGUGAUAAGUUUAGAUGCCAGCUAGUAAUUUGUGAAUAAAAAAUGAUCCUUGAGUGGAGCCUUUAGAAACUGAUAAAUUUUUAUUAUUACUGAAUACAGUCUGUCUGGUAAUACACUAAAAUGCUGCUCUCUCAUUUAGCUUGUAUUAAAAUGAAUUCAAUUUAUGACAUUGUAAAGCUUAUUAACCCUUUAAGUCCUGAUAGUGACCAACAUCAAUUUUCUCCUAACAAUAUCCAUAUGUUGUCAAGAGAAAUGAUUAUGAGAGUUGAUAAAAUGAUCACCAAAGAAAAAAUGCUUUGAUCUGCUAUCAAACUCUCUCAACUAUUUUUUUAAGGAAAUGUAUGAAGGUCAGUAUGGAGAAUUUAUAUGUGGAUAUUGGGGCUUAAAGGGUUAAAAACCAGUAAAUUCAAAAUUCGUUUUGAUCAGCACCGCUAUAGAUUGUUUCAAUGCCCUUUUUUAUUCCGAUUACAAGCCCCUCUGUGUACAAGCCUUCUUAAAACCUUCACAGCGGUCAAACGAGUGAAAUUUGCAAAAGUUAAGCGAAAUACUUCAAAGUUAAGGUUGCUACUUUCACUAUCGAAAGUAAUUAAGGUAUUACCAACAUCCUGUUAGUUUACUAAACGUUUUUAAAGUUUACUAAAAAAGUUCUAAGUGAUUGAAAACCGAUGCUGACGUUAUUAUCGGCGCCAUUUUCAAACAUAAUUCUCUUUUAGCGCGAAGCGUUGUCAGCGAAAAAAGCUCAAAAUUUUGAGAAAAAUGGAAAGAUAGUUAUGUUGACUAACAGAUUUAUACAUCUUCGCCCAUUUUUCUCUAACUGGUAAAUGAAAUCCCAGCAGUAGAAAACAAAAAUAACGAUUUAGACGUUUGACCGCGGUGGUCUUAAAACCCCUUAUGAAGAUGUACAUGUAUAAGCCUGAGGGUCAUAAGUGGCAGUUUAUGGUAUAGGUAGGUAGGUAGGUAGCAACUUUAUUUAAUGAGUGUAACACAUGACAGUAAACACUGAUGAACUACUGGCCCUCAAUCGUAAUUAAAAAAUUUAGAACUGAUAAAAAUGGACAUGACGAAUAAAAAUUUAAAAAUACUACAAGAUACAAUCCUAAAUCACGAUAGUAAAAACUACUAACUAAAGAUAAACAAAGCGAAUUUAAAAAUACUAUAAGGUAAGAAAAAGAGAUAUGUACGUUAGAAUUUAAAAAUAUGAAAACAUAUAUACACAUAAGAACUAGGCUAAAAAAUAUUUUUUAAGAGCGUUCUUAAAUGUGCCAGCUGUGUCCUUCUUUCGCAUGUCAAGAGGAAUCCUAUUUCAGGAACUUUAAGAGUACCCUUCCCUUCCGUUUCUCUAUUUUAAAAAGGACAUACCAAAUUAAACCUUGUUGUACAUUAUGGGGUAUGCAAAAGUACUGAGUUUCAAUUUAAAUGGCCACACUUUAAAGUUCAUAAAAUUUGUUAGACUGGAAACUUUGUUAGUUUCAUCUGUUUUUGUUAACUCUGUACUGCAUAUCCUUAUUUCUAUGUUAAAGGAAAAGAGUGGAAACUUCACAGAAUCUAUAUGUGCCAGGUAUGUUUCAAAUAAUAAGUGAGGCCAUGCCCGUAAAAUCUCCUUCCCCUGUUUUUUUUCUUUAACAUCUCAUUUUAUAUGUCAUCAGUAAUGUAAUAUACUUUAUUAAUUUACUUUAAUUUUGAAGAAAAAAAAGGCAAAAUGCAGAAGCUGCUGUUAAAGCAUUUCCAUUGACUGGCCAUCCCAUUUUUUCUAAAUGAAUUGAAAGAAAACAGAUAAUUAUGUAAAAUACUUGUUUUCAUAACAAAGUGAAUGUUUCUGAACUCUGCAUUUCCUGCUGGGUGUCAGACGUUGUGAACAUGCUCUUUUCUGCACUCCAUGGUGAUUUUUGUUUGGGAGUCUUUCCACAACAGUGAUGCUUUUUCAGUUAAGUUGGCGAGCAAACAGCACAUUCUCGUAGUUAUUUUCUACUGCUUGCAUCUCAAUUUUUGCCUGAAGUCCAUGGCACUGGAAUUCACAAACAACCUCCUGGUUUUUUAGGUAGGGUAAAUUACGGCUUAAGGAAAUGUGCAAGCUGACACUUGUACUUACAGUGGAACCUGGAUAUAACAAACCUCUAUAUAACAAAUAAGUCCUCUGUAUAGCUAACUGUAUUUUUAAUCCCAGUAAUAGUAAAAUAUAUGGAAAAGAACCUUGAUUUAACGAAACCUCAUUAUAGUGAACAUAUUUUGCCUGUCCCUUUGCCCUUUGUUAUAUCAAGGUUCCACUGUACUAUAUAUUGAGUUACCUUAUGUGGCCCUUUUGAACUUGAAGCUCUCUUUUUUUGUCAUAGUCUGCAUACUUUCAAAGUAUGUUCAAUGGAUCAUGGAAGGAAUCUACUGCAGACCAUAUUACAAUGGAAAUUCCAGAUGAAAAUAUUGAUGUUGAAGGUAAUAUUACUCAAGAAAUAACUGUGUGAAUUAUCUUUUCUACAUCUCUAGACUAAAUCCUUCUUUACCGGCAGCUUUUGCAUCUGCAAACACCUAACUGCGGGAAUUGACAAAACUAAAGCUACCCUCCUACAUCAUGUAUGCCAGCUCUGCCAGAUAUGGCACAAAUACCCCCGCCUCCUAUAUGGGUCACCCGUUCUCCUCAAUAAAAUUGAAUUUGGUGCAUUCCUGUACCUUAGUUUGGAAUUCAUUUGAUCAUAGUUAGUUUCUUUGGCAUUGUUUUUACACAUCUCAUUACUUAAAGACUAUUUUAGGGAAAAUAUAGCAAAUUUUGCUAAUUUGUUUCUCAUGUAAGACUUCAUAUAAUUUCCUGUGCCAAACCCUGACAUUACAAUUUAGGGACUGGGUUGAUUUGUGUGAAUGGAGGGUGGGGUGGUUGAUGUUGGGGGUUAUUGCUGAAGAGACAGUCUUCAAGGUUUAGAUCUCUAGGGGUUGGAAUCUCUGUACAUGUAGAUGCAACCAACACUACCUGGUGGCACUGUGUAUUUUGAUGUUUAUCUCAACAGCACUGAACACAGCAUUUGGCUCUCUGUACUGUGAUGAAGUUAUGGUUUCUCCCGUUAAAGUGGUUCCUCUUCUGGCUGCAGCAAACUUACUCCAGUUGGUCAGUACAAUGUACAAUCCACAUUUUAAACCCUUUGAGUCCCAGGAGUGACCAACAUCAAAAAAAUUUCCUCCAACAAUAUCAGUACAUAAUCAAGUAGAAAGGUUAUGAGAAUUGCAAAAUGAUCUCUAGAGGGGAAGUGCUUGAUUUCAAAACAAAUUCUCUCAUCUAAAGGAAUGUAUGGAGAUCAUUGUGGAGAAUUUGUCUGUCGGUAUUGGGGCUUAAAAAGGUUUAGUCUCAAAUUUUGCCACCUGCGCUGAAUUUUUGUGGUAGGAUCCAUACAACUAAAAUUUCCAGAGGUCUCAGCUUCGCCGUUUUCUAACUGCAACGUUUUGACAGAAAAAAUAACUGUCUUUAAGAUGACUGUUUUUCUUGGUUGGAAUGGAAAUUCUCCACAGGAAGGGAUAAAGGAAGCUAGACUGACCCAUUCCAUUUGCCUCCAGAAAAUUGACUGUAUACCUCUUGUUGAUUUUUUAUCAUUUUUUGUUAGAAACAAAGUUGCAUUAGACAGAAACAGGAAAAGGAGAAAAAGUGGAGUAUGUGAAAAGUAAAAAGAUUGAGAGUACUUGUCCACACUGAUGCGUUUGCAUUUUCGUUGUCAUUCAAACGCAUCGAUCUAUUCGCGUCCACACUACCGUUUUGAUGCGUUUUUGACUGUUCACACUAAAACGUUAGAAAACGGUAGAACUGUACGUUGUGAUGUAAGUUGAACUCUCUGUGCAUGCUACAAACACACGAGCCUGUGAUAUGUUCGGUCAUCGUUUUCAUUUUUAUGCGCUUUCGACCCGUCCACACUUAUACAACCUGUUUGUGUUUUCAUUUUGAUCCACUUUCAAGAGCAUUUUUAAAAAGAUAGGUUUUAGAUGAAAACGCUCAGCAUAUUGGUGUGGAUGGAAGGCCUAAACGCGUUGAAAGGUAUGCGUUCUCAGGGUGCAAAGAAAGUCAGUUUUACAGUCUGUCAUUUGGGCAAGCUGUAGCUAGCAUGUACUAGCCCACAAGUCAUUUCAACUAGCCCCCAAACCCCUUUUGAUUAGCGGGAUUACAAUCCUUCUGUAAUUUGAAUUUCCCCCCCAAAAAAACACUUGCCCGUCGGGCAAGUUAAGAACAAAAAUCACUAGCCCGAUAGCAAAAUCCACUAGCCCCGGGCUAUCGGACACUAUUUUCUUUGCACGCUGGUUCUCUAAUGAAAACGCAUUAGUGUGGAUAGGGCCUAAAAAUCAUUGAUCUUGAUAUUUAUUAUUAUUCUUUUUUUCUGUAGGAAGGCUUGUCUCAGCAGUGUGCUGAAGCUAUGAUAGAAACGAUAAACAGAGCUACAGUUUGUGCAUAUCAUGCGGCAGCUACUCAGUACUGUGAAACAGAGGUACAGGCCAAGUGUGUGAAGUGGCUUGAAAGAAGACUGACUUCUGAGACUUCAGUUUCACUUCUUAAGGAGAUUAGGUGGGAUAUUACCUUGAGUAGGGUCAUCUCGCCAUUACAUGAUAACUCUAAAGACAGCUCGUCCCCAUCUUAAGACAGGUCGUCCCCAACUCGUCCCCAGGUCUUCUUGGUUAACGGUUCAAUAAUCUGCAAUUUUGCUGCACUUUUGACGUCAUCGGUUCAAUAUGGCAAAAUUCUUGCAAAUUUGUUCAACAGUAGGAUGAAUUAUGAAUUACACACGUGAUUUUAGCCAAUCAGAAACCAAAAAAAUAUAUUGAAUGAAUAAUAAUAUACAUGUGCCAAGGAUUGCGAUGUGGUCAUUCACAGAAAAAUGUUUUUGAGGCAUGAUUAACUAAUGGUUUAGUUCUAUUUUUUGUGAAUACUUGGGACUUACAUUAAGAUAUGUAUUUCUUGAUGGCGAGCUGGUUUGGUGGCGAGGUGAUCGGAUACUCCUGAGUACAUGUAUACAGGUUUCGCGUUACGACGUCCAGUCAAAAUGCUAAGUGCAUUUCUCUGUUUAUUUAGUCAUAACUUCCCUAAUCAUAGGCAGUUGACAGUACUAACUGUUUCAAGUGUCAAAAAACAGCGUAGGAAACGUUGGUCUGCUACACAGCUGUCUUCUUUGUGUCGUCCGCGUUGCGUGACGACACAAAGAACGGCUGUGUAGCCGACUAAGGAAACGCAGGCUAUCAAAAUUAAUAAUGGCAUGGUUGCGGUUUUUCCUCUGGAAAAAUCUAACUGUACAUUUGUCUGUUUCUUUCUUGGGAUGUGGAAACAUCAAAAUCUAAAGGAAGCGACUUUGGAAGCCCCCGGGAGGUUUUUUGCGAUUUUCUGACUUCCAAGAUAAAACAACCAAUCAGCAGAUUGCAAGGUUAUGAAAUUCCCGUGUGGUAAAAAAAAAAAAAAAAAAAAGAAAUAAAUCAAGCGAGAACCGCAAAAAAAAAAAAAUAGAAUUAGGCAUUCAAUUUUUUUUUUUUUUUUAAUUUAUUUUGUAAAAAUAAUUCUUUGAAAUUUUGUGUUAUUUUCAUUCAAUUUUUUUUUUAUAUACUUAAUGUGUGUUCUUUCUAAGCUCUUCCGGUCCGGAAGUGGAAAAAUAAAAAUAUAAAGGAAGCGACUUUGGGAGCCCCCGGGAGGUUUUUUGCGAUUUUCUGACUUCCAAAAUAAAACAACCAAACAGCAAAUUGCAAGGUUAUGAAAUUCCCGUGUGGUAAAAAAAAAAAAAAAAAAAAGCACUGCAUCCAGCGAGUACCGCUCAAGAAACAAACUUGAGUUUGGCCUUCAGUUUUUUCGUAUUUGUAAAUGUAUCAUGAAAAAAUAAUCCAUGGAAAAUCGUGCGUAACCUCAGCCAAUAAUUUUAAUGAUUACUGAAUAUCGUAAUCUUCCAACAUUUACUAUUUCUCAGUUUGAUUCUGAUGUUAGACCAUUGUUUAGGUUUGUAGCAAGCGACUGGCAUUGAAGCUUCUGACAUACUUUGGUUUGUUUAACAUAACGUUCGCCAGAGUAGUUUCCUCGUGAAGAAGGUCUUUCUCUACGUACAACAAAAAAUUCUUAGGAUAAACAUUCGGUGAGUUUUUUGACAAUUUGAGACACUGUUGCCUCUGAAGUUCAACUAAAGUCUAAUCGAUAGUAUGUCCCUCAAGAGUCUAGGGACCUAUCCACCUACCCCUCCCCUAACCAAACGUUAACACUAAAUUCUCACGUAGGGCAAAAUGUUGAGUCUAGGGAGUGGUACUUAGGUGGGUAGAUUCCCCAAGGCAUAUACUUAUUCACCAUUUCUUUCGUUAGGGAAAAAUAUGUCGAGGAGAACUUGCAUGCUCGUAUAAACCGGGCUCUACUUUACAUGUGAAUAGUACUUGUUUCUAUUUGUUUUGUAGUGUGGAGCUGAUGAGCGAAGUGGUCAAUUCUCAAGAAUUAUUUGUAAUGCAGAUUGAAGUAGAUGUAUAUAACUUACUGAAGGUCUGGGCAUAUCUACAUCUUCACCCCAACUGGGAGGGAAGCUGGAAAGAUGUACGCGCACAAAGCAAUACAUAUUUUGCAUCACGAGCAACUGAUAGCAGCAUGUGUUUUCUAGAGACUGAUGAGGGCAGAAAGUUUGUUCCUGCCUUCAGAGCGAUCAGGCUACAUCAUGUUGUAAAUGACAUACGUUCAAUCCAGCUCUUGGACACUGACAGAAUUAUUCCUCAAGGUACUCAACCUGUUUUUGCGGCUCAGUCUUUAUCUUUUGAGAGAAGCUUUUAAGUGUUAUACACAUGAGAGUUUGUAUCGACCAAAACGAAAAUUUUAAACGUUUACCAAGAGUGAACUGCAGUCGUUUCGCCCGAAAAACGAUUCGCCCGAAGGCGUUCCCUAGGACUUAAGUCGAUUCGCCCGAUGACAUACAACACCCUACAACAUGGUAAACUAACUUCUCCGAGAUGUAAUUUUAGUUAACCUGGGAUUCCACAUGUGCAGUCACUGUCUUUCCAUGCUUUGUCCUUUUUCUCAGGCUUAAAGAACGACAACAUCGGGCGAAUAGACUUAGUCUGGGCGAACUGCCAUCGGGCGAAACGACCCAAUAUCCAUGCCCCUACCCGCUCUGUCUGUGUAACUGUAGCUCUGGAGUUAGCCUUCGCUUUGCAAAUAUCGCACGUCGAACCAGUUGUCAAAAAAGAGACCAGAGUCUGGAUUCUUUUCUGUGUCUAAUACUCCUCUUUUGUACAGGGAACAAUCCUGGUGUUACAAUGCGGUUUCCUUGUGUGAACGAGUGUUGACUGUUUAAUCUCAUUUACCUUCAGAUUGGUUACAUCCAGUGUACAAAUCGCAGUGGGUUUGUAUGCUUUCUGUAUCCCAAAAUCGAGACUCAAGUCCAUCAAUUGACAAAUUUAGAACCAAUGCUCUCAGGUGUGGACGGAUACUAGAGAGGAACUCAUCGGUGAGUUUUUUCAUAAUUUCUUAGCAGUGAAGCGCUUGCACUUAAACGACAUUUUUGCCAACAGCUUGUAGAACAAGGGAAAUUGCAGAGUUGCUAAAUGCUACUAUUAAAGACAUUACCUGGAAGGGAUUUAGAGAAGUCAGUGAGCAUUUUAACCAAUUUUCCCGCCCUGAACCUCCCUUGUGGAUCCACGGCCCUUGAACUGCUUAUGUAGUCACCAUUUUUAUCGGUCGUAAAGAUAGAAAGUUGUUUUAAUACAAGUCGUUUCGAUGCGUACUCAACCAAUGAAAUUUUAGAAAAAUUUCGUUGACUAUGGGUAUAGUUCGCGCGUGAGCAAGAAAAAUAUUUGGGGUGAACAUUCUUCGUUCUUUAAGCCUAGUACGUGAAACUACUUACACAUCGACUGAAUAAACUUGUAUCGAAACGACUUGUGCAGGGGAGGGGGGGGGGGGGGGGAAGGGGGGAGGGAGAGGGGAGGGGAGACAGGGAAAGGAAAAAGUUGAAACUGCUGCGUAAAUUUUAAACCCGAAAACUAUUUCGAAUUUUUGUUUUUUUUUUUUCCCCGACUUUGGGGGCUGUUUUUUUGGUUUUUUGAAAAAAAAGCCAUGGACGGCCUCCCCGGGUAAAGGUUUUUUGGAUUUAACAUCCUUACUUCUUCAAAACGAGUAAAAAAAACUACGUACAAAAAGAGAAAAGAAACGUGGAGAGGGGGGGGGGGGGGGGGGGGGGGGGGGGGGGGGCGGAAGGGAGGAAGGAGAGUGGAGGGGAGACAGCGAAAGGUAAAAGUUGAGACUGCUGCGUCAAUUUUAAACCCGAAAACUAUCUCGAGAUUUUGCUUUCUGUUCAUGCCCGAACUUCGGAGCUGAUAUUUUGGAUCAUUGAAACAGAAGGCCAUGACGUGCUCCACGUGUAAACGUCUUUUUAGUCAGUUUUAGCUCUUUAUAGCCAUACAGUGACCAGAAAACGGCUCGACUAGCUUCAAAGAGGCGUAUUCGGUAAAAUUCCCAGUGGAGAGUGGGUUAACGCCGGAGAAUACAAAGCUGGACUGAAAUUAAUUUAGUGCACGACAGUGGAGGACAUAAAGCGUACAUGUUUCUCUAAUGAAGUGUUUUUUAUUUUGUUUUUACAGUAUUGCUGGCGUUGGACAGGGUUCUCUUAUGGCAUUGACGUCAUAGUUACGUACAGCCCGAGAAUGAGGCAACUUUUGCUUAGACGCAAUACUUAUACACACCCCGUUAGCGGGGCAGUAUGUCUUCAUCAACAGAAGAAUAUUAUCGUGCGCGUGGCUGCGGCAUCAUUUGACGCAAAGGGUUGCACCAGUUACUACACUUGCUCUGGGCUGUUAGAUUUGACACUUGACCCGGAUGAGGAAAAGGUGGUGCUGCAGCUCGAUCGGUCAGCAGUUUUUCCCCUAAGCGUUAGUGUACAUAUGGCUCAUGUUUCGUGCUCAGCUACGAGUAUUCAGUCUCGAGAUGAACACUAA